AUGUCUGCUGUCGUGGAGAAAAUCACUGACGCUGCUGCCGCCGCCGUCAACGACGUUACCAAUGCUCUGGCCAACACCUCUCUGACUGGCAACAAGUCCGCUGACGAGAAGCCCGCCGCCAACGAUGCUGUUCUCGCCAGCGCCGCCGAGGGUCGCCGCCUCUACAUCGGCAACCUUGCCUAUGCGACAACGGAGGGGGAGUUGAAAGAAUUCUUCAAGGGCUACCUUGUUGAGUCUGUUUCCAUUCCCAAGAACCCUCGCACCGACCGCCCUGUCGGCUAUGCCUUCGUCGACCUCUCUACCCCCAGCGAGGCUGAGCGUGCCAUCGCUGAGCUUUCCGGCAAGGAGAUCCUCGAGCGCAAGGUCUCCGUCCAGCUCGCUCGCAAGCCCGAGUCGAACGAGAAGGCCGAGGGUGCCAACGGUGAGGGCCAUGAGGGCACUCGCCGCCGCCAGUCCACCCGCGGUCGCGGUCGCGCCGGUCGUGGCCGUGGCGGCCGUGCUCGUGGCGAUCGUGGCGAGAAGAAGGAGGAGGGUGCCGAGGGCUCCACUUCCCCUGCUACCGAGGCUCUGAAGGACAUCACCAACGAGACUCACAACAGCGACAACAAGUCCGGCAAGCCCCACAACCGCUCUCCCCGUGAGCGCCGCGAGCGCGGCCCUCCGGCUGACGGCAUUCCUUCCAAGACCAAGGUCAUGGUCGCCAACCUCCCCUACGACUUGACCGAGGAGAAGCUCAAGGAACUUUUCGCUGCUUACCAGCCUUCCUCCGCGAAGAUUGCUCUUCGCCCCAUCCCUCGCUUCAUGAUUAAGAAGCUUCAGGCCCGGGGUGAGCCCCGCAAGGGCCGUGGCUUCGGCUUCGUUACCCUUGCCUCCGAGGAGCUCCAGCAGAAGGCUGUUGCUGAGAUGAACGGCAAGGAGAUCGAGGGCCGCGAGAUCGCUGUCAAGGUCGCCAUCGACAGCCCCGACAAGACCGACGAGGAGGCCAACGAGCCCGAGGGCGAGGCUCAGGCCCAGGCCCCCACCAACGGCACUACCGAGCAGGCUGGCGCUGCUGUUACCGCCUCUGCUUAA